ACGCUGCCAUUUUGUCCGGCGGAGCCUCAGCCAGCCAACAGACAUCCAGGCUUCGUCUCAGAAUAAAGCCGCUGCCCGGACUUUACACGCAGCAUAUGGACCACUGACCAUUCAUAAAGUCGCCAAUAACCUGGGAGGUGGCAGCGACAGGACGGAGCCGAGUGAACAAGAGGGCAGGCGGAGGUGGUUGCCAUUUUUUUCAACUUCAUCUCACCGGCAGCUUUUUCUCUCCAGCUAACCCCGCUAGCCUUUUUUUCGGCUAACACCCUCCUCCGCCCCUUCGAGAACCCUCGCACCCAAAGAGACGACACCUGUCACCGCCGGGGUGAUUUUUGAAUAUAUAAAAAAAACCCUCAAAGUUCCAACAAUGUCCUUGACUGUUGUGGGUGACUUUUUACGCUCUAUGGAAGAGUUCACUGCCACUUUUAUGAGCGGCAGGAGCUAAGGAGCUAACAAGUUGACGUGGAAGAAGAAGGAGGAACUUUGGUUGUUGGAUUUAGCCUUGAGGUGUCCUUGUUCAUUCUUAAAAGAGAUUAUCCAAGCGACAUAGCGGACAAGUAUGUUUAUUUGUGAGCACAAAGUUAUUUCCGAUGUGAACAAAACCCGCAGCGGGACUCUAUUUUGGGUCGAGGAUUGCAGCGGAAGCAUGAGCUAACAGUGACUAGCUGAGAAUAGUUAGUGGUAGAUUAGACAGAUUCAUCUGCACAGGUGUUCCCACGCACGCCUGAAAGAAAGACGCCCUUUACGUCCAUUUGACAGUGAAGACGCAUUGACUUGUCCCUCCGUCCUCCACUGGGAGUCGACCCAUUGAUCCCAUUGGUUUAUUUUUUGUUUUUGAGGGGGGAGAAAUAUCAGAGAAGUCAUGUCUGGCCAAUCGAUUACUGAUCGGAUCGCGGCAGCUCAGCACAGCAUGACCGGCUCGGCGAUCAGCAAGGCGGUGUGCAAGGCUACCACGCAUGAAGUCAGUGGACCCAAGAAGAAGCACCUUGACUAUUUGAUCCACUGCACCAAUGAGAUGAACGUGAACAUUCCCCAGCUGGCCGACACGCUCUUUGAACGUACGGCCAACUCCAGCUGGGUGGUGGUCUUUAAAGCCCUUAUCACCACACACCACAUCAUGAUGUAUGGCAACGAGCGUUUCAUCCAGUACUUGGCCUCCAGAAACACCCUCUUUAACCUAACCAACUUUCUGGAUAAAGGAGCCCUGCAAGGUUACGACAUGUCAACCUUCAUUAGGAGGUACAGCCGAUACCUGAACGAAAAGGCAAUGUCCUACAGGCUGGUGGCUGUGGAUUUCACCAAGAUGAAGAGGGGGACUGACGGCGUGAUGCGGACCAUGAACACAGAGAAGCUGAUCAAGACGCUGCCUAUAAUUCAGAACCAGCUUGACGCACUGCUGGAUUUCCAGGCCAACCCUAACGAGCUUACAAACGGCGUGAUCAACUCCGCCUUCAUGCUGCUCUUCAAAGACUCCAUCAGGCUGUUUGCUGCUUACAACGAAGGGGUCAUCAACCUCUUGGAGAAAUACUUUGACAUGAAGAAGAACCAGUGCAAAGAUGCUUUGGACAUCUACAAGAAGUUUCUUUACAGGAUGACCAAGCUGUCAGAGUUCCUCAAAGUUGCCGAGGAAGUUGGAAUAGAUCAGGGUGACAUCCCAGAUCUCUCACAGGCCCCCAGCAGCCUUUUGGAGGCUCUGGAGCAGCACCUGGCCUCCCUGGAGGGCAAGAAGACCAAGGAGCUGAAUGCAGACACUAGAGCAUCUACUCUGUCCAGCGCCGUCUCGUCCCUGUCCUCCACCGGCAUGUCCUUCACCCGCAUGGAUGAGAAGGAGAAGCAGCUGGCACUGGAGGAGGAGCAGGCCAGGCUACAGGCUCUGAAGGACCAGCGUCUGAAGGAGAUCAGCAUGCAGACUCCACCCUCUGCCUCACCCAGCAGCCAAUCAAUAGGCAGCAACAACCACCACGUCACACAAACGCCAGUGUUGUUUGGCCCCACGCUCUCAACCAAUAGUGUCCCCAACCUGAACAGUGACCUGUUUGAUCUUCAGCCAGCCUUCAUCCCCACAGUGCAGAGCGCUCCUUCCAUCUCUGCUCAUGCCAACAGUGCCUGGGGAGGACUGGAGAGCCAGCCUCUGCAGCAGAGUGCGUCGGCCAUGACUGUAGAUUUUGAUGCCGUGUUUGGGAAUAAGGCCGCUCUCGCUAACGAUGGAACACAGCCAGAAGCCGGUUUUGACACCCUGGGAGAUCUGUUGAAGCCUACGGUUCCUGCACACACGGCGCCUCCUCUACCCCCUCAAAUGGUCUUCCAGUCUGGAGGGAAGCUGCUUGCUAAUGAUCUGGACUCCUCCCUGGCCAACCUCGUAGGCAAUCUGCAGUUUGGUGGCACAACAUCAAAGAAGCCGGAGAUGCAGUGGAGCCAGCCUGGUGAGAAGAAACUGACAGGAGGCCAGAACUGGCAGAACAAGACCAUGUCCACCACCCAGUGGAGCCCGGCCCCCAUGGUUGCACAGCCCAUGCCUGUGCCACAUGUGAAUGGAAUGUUCUAUACUAGUUAUGCUCCAGCUUCCAUGGCUUUCCCCAUGACGACACCGCAAGUGCCUGUGUACGGAAUGGUCCCUCCCCAGGUGGGUCAAGUGGGUGGGGUACCAGUCAUGGCUCCUCAGCCAAUGAUGUACAACCAGCCUGUCCUCAGACCCACUAACCCCUUUGCACCCAUGCCUGGAGCCCAGAUGCAGUUCAUGUAAUCCAGUCAACAGAGCCAGGGGAAGCAGAGGGCCAAAAGCGACAAACUAAUAAAAAAGAAGAAAAGACGAUCCUGAGGAAUGAUUUGAUCAAGCUAAGAGGACAAAGAGACUGAACACCAACCAAUGUCCCAAAAGAAGUAAUUACCUACAGAGGCUGGCAGGGCCUGAUUGGUCGUUGUCUGAAUCAACAUGCAGAAGUGUGUGUAUGUGCGUGCGUUGUGGUAAACAUCUGAGCUGUGUACGUAUGGCUGCGUUGAGGGAUGUUUGAGGAUGCACAUGAGUGUUGGAUGCUCUCUGCUGCCACAUUAGCUUUAUUUCAUACUGGUGCUAUUUGCUCCCCUCUGGGCUCUUGACAGCCUGCAACGGCCAUCCAGAGCACUUUGGAGAGGACCUGUGUUUGUGUGUGUGUUUGCGUGCGCGUUUCUGCUGUUGCUUCAGACAACUACCCUGCUGUCAAGCCACUGCCUCGUCUGCCGUCCCACGGUCCAAUCAGUGAACGAGUCUCCUCAAACGUGCUCAUUGUCAGGACCUCUUUGUACUUUUUGUUUUCUCGCCCACACUCAUGAUCGUUGAGAUGUUUUCUUCAUAUGCGUAUUAAGCCAAAUAGUUUUCUCUGCUUAAAGCAACAAAGGCACAAAGACGCAGGGCCAAAGUUGUGAUAGCUUGCAAGCAUGGUAAAGAGGUGAAUCCCGUCAGGUCUCUUCUAAAGGCCCACUCGCAAGGAUUGUUUUGGUGGCCAGCAUGUCUGAGCUCCUUUCUUUGGCAAAGACAAGUGCAGAGCUUACUGAAAUUUGCACCAUGACUUCCUUCAUCUUGUCUACCCUGCCCACUAUUAUCCUCUCCAGCAAAAGCAUUGCCCAUAUUUGUACCUUUCCGUGAUCAAGCCCACCAUGAUGAUGGUGGUGGUUGCCUGUGAUUUAGUAGAUUGUUCAUUAGAUGGACCCAUGUAAUGGAUAAAUAGGCUGUCUGUUGUGAUCCGUGUAUGUCAUUUUUCAUUUAGAAAUCACUUAAAUUGCACUGAUUCUAUUUAAGUGUCUUUAAGUCCCCCUCCCCGUCCCUCUCACCUCCUUUGGGCUCAAAUGUCUCGUCAAAAAAAAAGUCUGUUAUAGUAUACUUCACAAUGAUUUAACUGCGUUUUGAUGUGCGAUUAUGUUUUCCAUUGAGGGCUAUUUUUCAAGGUCAGACUGUCAAGAGUUUUGCACUUUGUGUCAAAAGUGAAGGGGGGGGGGGGGGUGAAACUUCAAAUGCAACAACAUUUUUAAGUUUGACAACAAUACACCAGCCACUUUAGCAGGUAACCAAAUAUUCCUGCCGUUUGAACAAUGAACUCUUUUUCUACUCUUGGCCGCUAGUGAUAUAGUCCAGUCGCCUCACGUCCAUCUUCGCCUUGUUGCUAGUCGUUCUAUCUCUAGGAGGCUUGUCUUAUUGUUUGCUGUGUGUAGAUAUGUAAAGAUAAACAAUGCUAGUGAUAGUCUCAGGCAUCACUGUUGCUAAUGAUUAGAUAUUGCGCGCUUCUUGUUGCAGUCUUGUGUUAGCGUUAGACUCCUCAUCGUACGCUCCUCGUAGACUAAACGUGCCGUAGAUUUCCCCGCCACGUCCUGUACUCCUAGUUUCUUUGACUCUUUCUUGGUGUGUGUCGCUUUUAGAUACAAUUCUGAUACAGGCUGCUUUGUUUCACUUCUCAUCCUGCUCUUCUGGUGGAUGUUUUCUCUAUCAAAACCUGGUCAUCUGUGCCUCUUUUAUUGAUGUCAGCAGCCUACGCGGUCUCUGAUUGGACUGUUGAAUAUCCAGAGGAAAUCAUUUUAUCCGGGUCUUGGGUCACUAAGACUAAGAACACUCAGCACUUUUCUACAACAUGUUGCAGUUUGAAGGUGGGCCUGCUGUGAAGUGCUAACUCUCUGGCAGCUUCAUCAGGUCCUGUUUAAUAAGUGCAAGCUGUGGAGAAAAGACAAUCGCCGCUCUUGUCAAGGUCAAACUGUGGAGGACCUAAAAUUGAGCCCUAAGGACGCCACAGGAUUCAAACCUAUGUACACUAUAUAACCUUGGUGAGGAAGUAACUAAAAGCUUAUCAUAGCCCAUCAAGCCGCAGUGGCAUUCAGCAGCUUCUUAGCAAGGGUUUAGCUUCUUUGGGACCAUUUGGAAGGAGAAACCUGGUCACUCAUGGGGGAGAAGAGCUACAUGCGCUUUUCAUUUGGAACUGAAGCAAAACCUUUGUAAAAAAAAGUACAUUUAGCUUUUGAAUUCCCACUUGCACACAAUGGAAUCAGCAGCAGCAGAAUGCCCCCACAACCCCCCCUCCCGACCUGAUGUAAGAAGGUGAAAUAUGAAAUCAAACCACAUAAAACCUCACUAACUCAGCUUCAUUUUUUUUUUUAAUACUAACUUGUGUGACUUCUGUUUCUUAUUACAAAGCGUCUCUUGCAUGGGGGGCCCCAUCGAGUGUAAAACACCCAGAUGGCCUUCUUUUGGCCUGAGUGACUUGUUGCCCUGUGGAGGUGGAUUGUAGCGUGGCGCUUAGAUGUUGCUGUUCAUGGCUGGUGAGUUCAUGUUCAUGACUGGUUUGAUACCGGGAGUUGGGACUCGGGAUAAGAAUUCCUGCUAGCUACAGUGUUGAAGGAAAACAUGGAUAAGCCUUGAUGUCAUAAAUGUCUUCUUAUCUGUAUCGCUUUCCAAGGUCAGUGAGUGCAUGUUCUUGAUUGUCGCCCCCACCCAAAAGCAUGAUGUGACCGUAAAGAUGAUCCAUUUUGUCCAUACAACCUUUUUCUUCUCAUUUUUUUAUCAUUGUUAUUCUUGCUCUGUUAGUGGAGCCACUGUUUUUUCUCCAGCAGUGUGGCGCCACCUGGUGUUCACUACAGCUUUGUGCGUUACUUAAGAGAAAGAACCAGGACACUCAUGCAGAGAACACACCCUCCUAACAUCAUAACCUGCAUUAUAUUCAGUUAUGCUUUUUUUUUGUUUUCAUUGUAGCUAAUUAUGUAAGAUAGCACAGAUGUUAUAUUCCUGCUCAUGUAUGGGGAGGGGGGGUGGGGGGAGCCCAGCAUUCAGUGAUGCCAAAGGCAACACCUUUUGAUCUCUUUGUACAUGAUUUCUAUUUAUUUAAUGCAGAAUUAUAUGGAUUGUGUCCAGCAUGGAAAAAACAAAGCAACAAAAAUCACAGGCUUUUAUUUGACAGCAGUAUACUUGUUUUUUGUUUUUUUUCAGAGGAUUGUUUUUCUCUUUUUUGGAAGAAAUAAAGUCAUUUUCCAUUC